AUGAUAAGGCCGCAGACAAAUCGAAGAGUCCCCAAGAAAAAAGAAAAAAAAAAAAAAAAAACUCCGCAACAGUUGGAAGCUCCAACGAGCAAGAAAUUUAAGAAAUCUAAAUCGUCCAGAAGAAAGGUCGCACGCAAGAACAAGGAUAGCCGUGCCCGGACAAGGUCUCGCAGUAGACAAUACCAGAAUACAGCGAAGACGCAAUUUACUGAAAGAACGACAAGACCACCGCUGAGGAGGACAAAGAGAUCGGCAGAGGCUCAAAGCUCUCAACCCAGCCCAAAGCAACCAAGAGUGUCCAUGCAACAGUCAUCAACUACGUACCUUCCAAGAACCAACGUUCCGACAGAACCUUGCGUUCCGGCCAACAAACGGAAAAACCAGGAGCCUCCACCAUUCCACACUAAGAAACCUAUGAUUAGGAAAGAAAAAAGACAAGACCGACCCCAGAUAAUAGUUUAUUACGAAGUUUGA